CCUCCCAUCAGGGAUGGAGGAAACUGAACUCUGCUUUCCACAGCUCUUCAACUCCUCCUGCAGGAGGAUGAAGCGUUCUCACUUUGAAGCAAUGCUGGUUUACAUCCUGCUGUCCUGCAUCUCUCUGCUUACUGUGAUUCUCAACCUGCUGGUCAUCAUCUCCAUCUCACACUUCAGGAAUCUCCACACUCCCACCAACCUCCUCCUCCUCUCUCUGGCUGUCUCUGAUGUCUUUGUGGGUCUCCUCAUGUUCUUUCACAUUGUGCUCAUAGAUGGCUGCUGGUUCCUCGGUGACUUCAUGUGCACUCUGUAUCACUAUCUACCAUACACCAUCACCUCAGCCUCAAUAGGAAACAUGGUGAUGAUAUCGAUUGACCGCUAUGUGGCCGUUUGUUACCCUCUGCAUUACUCUAUUCAAAUCACACAACAGAGAGUUCAAAUCUGUGUGUGUCUGUGCUGGAUCAGUUCUGCAAUAUUUCAAGCUGUGAUUCUGAAGGAUUCCCUGAAGCAGCCGGGCAGCUGAGAUGAUCCAAACUUCAUGUGGAGGAUCAUCAUGGGGACCAGAAGAGAGUCUGCAGUAAACAUCAAGAGAAGAAACAGCAGCUUAACAGUGGAAUCGGCAGUCUAUAAGACCGGAGAACAAGCGUCUGGUCAGAAGCACACUUCCUGUUUUCUUUAACAUCCAUGUGGUUGUGUACCAUGAAGUCGUCCCCAAUGGUUGAAAUGUCAAGGCAGUUCAAUUGUAACAUUCUGAGGCAUCUGACAGAAUACAUUCAGGGGGAAAAAAUACCUCCACUGUGGGACGAUGGCAUGUGGGUGUUUUGACACAGCACAAUAAUGACAACUGGGUACACUGCCUAAAACAACACAACUGUUACUCUCCAGCUGCACAUCCUGCCAGAUGUGUCUUAAUGUGGAUUCUGGCUUUUCCUCAAAAUGAAAUUCAAGUUGAAGGGUUGUCAUGUUGAUAGUAUAGAAGACUCAGCGCCUAUCAUGAUGGUGUUUCAAACAUUUACAGAAUCAGACAUACAGGGAGCAUUGCAAAUGCUGGCGGAGCACUGGGAGCAGAGAAUCAAUGUACAAGGAGAUGAUUAUGACAGGGAUGGCUGCCAAAAUUUAUAAUCAAUGCAGAUGUUGAUGUUUACAUGUGCAAUGUCUGAACUUUUCUAAUGCACCUCUCAAUUCAAAUGUCAGAAAUGCAAUGUUCUUAGUGACAUUGUU